UCACGACCUCCACUCAUUCCCUCGCUCGCUCUGCUCUCCAUUCAGAAAAACAAAAAAACAGAGAGAGAUGAUGGCUCGCCUUCUUCCUCCUCCUCCUCCUCCCCUGCUCUUCGUCUCCUUCCUCUUCUCUCUCCUCACCUUAUCUUCUUCUUCAACCACCCCCGCCGCCGCCGCCGCCGCCGACACCACCAUCACACUCUCUCUCACUCCAUUCCUCCCCGACCACCCCCAAUCCUCCUCCUCCGCCGCCGCCUCCGACGGCAAUUCGUCAUGGCAAUCCCAAAUGCUGAACCUCCUCGCCGCCUCCUCCCUCACCCGCGCCCGCCACCUCAAGAAACACAAUGCAUCCUCCCCCUCCCCCACCCCCAUCAAAGUCCCGACCUUCCCCCGCAGCUACGGCGGCUACUCCAUAGAUCUAGGCUUCGGCACGCCGGCCCAGACCCUCGCCUUCGUCAUGGACACCGGAAGCAGCCUCCUCUGGUUCCCCUGCACCUCCCACUACGCCUGCGCCUCCUGCUCCUUCCCCAAUUCCGACCCCUCCAAGAUCCGCCGCUUCAUCCCCAAGCUCUCCUCCUCCGCCAAGCUCGUCGGCUGCCGCAACCCCAAAUGCGCCUGGGUCUUCGGCCCCACCGCCGCCUCCCGCUGCCGCGACGAAUGCGCCUCCGGCCGCAACUGCUCCCAGCAGACCUGCCCGCCUUACCUCAUCCAGUACGGCUCCGGCAACACCGCCGGCGUCUUGCUCUCCGAGACGCUCUCCUUCUCUAAGCACCGGAAGGUGCCGGGCUUCCUCGUCGGUUGCUCCGUGUUCUCGACCCGGCAGCCCGCGGGCAUUGCCGGGUUCGGCCGCGGCCCGGAGUCGCUCCCCUCCCAGAUGGGCCUCCGGAGGUUCUCCUACUGCCUCCUGUCCCGCCGCUUCGACGACACCUCCGCCAGCAGCGACCUCAUCCUCGAACCCGGGCCGGGCUCGGGCUCGGGCUCGGGCUCGGGCUCGGGCUCGGGCGGUGACCGCAAGACCGACGGGGUCGUCUACACGCCGUUCCGGGCCAACCCAGGCCUCCCGGGCUCUGCCUUCAAGGACUACUACUACGUCGGCCUCCGCAAGGUCCUCGUCGGCGGGAAGGCCGUGAAGGUCCCGCACAGGUACCUCAUCCCGGGCGCCGACGGGAACGGCGGGGCCAUCGUGGACUCGGGCUCAACGUUCACGUUCAUGGAGCGGCCCGUGUUCAAUGCGGUGGCCGAGGAGCUCGAGCGGCAGAUGGCAAACUACAGCCGGGCCAAGGGGGCCGAGUCGAGCAUCGGGCUGAGCCCGUGCUUUAACGUGUCGGGGCAGGGUCACGAGGUGGCGAUGCCGGAGCUGUCGCUGCAGUUCAAGGGCGGGGCGAGGAUGGCCCUGCCGCUGGAGAACUACGUGGUGCUAGUGGGGGAGGGCUCGGGUGUGGUGUGCGUGGCGAUCGUGACGGACGACGCCGCGAUCAGCCCGGAGGUGAGCGGCGGUCCGGCGGUCAUAUUGGGCAGCUUCCAGCAGCAGAAUUUCUACGUCGAGUACGAUUUGGAGAACGAGAGGUUUGGGUUCAAAAAACAGAGUUGCAAAGUCGAGUGAAAUCCAUAAAUCUCCUCUUAAAUUUUCAAUUUUUUUCCGGAAUAAUGUGCCAUAGAGUAUAUAUAGAAAUAACAACAUGACGACAAGGCGGCGGCGGGCAAAGUCCUGCGGCGUCCGCGGCCCGGGGGAGAGGGGCUACCGGCACGGUGGCUACGGCAGCAUCGACAGUCAGGGUCGACAGUGUCAUAUAUCGACGAAUUUACGAAUAUCUAGUAUAAGCUUUACAUAGGAGAAAUUAAAUUAUGAGUUUGAUCAAAGUAUUUAAUUUUGGUGUGCACUUUGGAUUGCUGACGAUGAUACAUGGAAAAGAGCAUAUGGUUUAUAGUGGCUGGACCACACCAUGUGGCCGCCCCAUUUCGUCUUCUUCUUCACCAA